CGUACGUCAGUAGUGCCCUAAGAAAGCCGACAUUAUGACGUUACUAUGUUCACUGAAAUACCCUCCCCACGAACGUUCUGAUAGUUUGUAACAUGUUGAGACCAAGGGUCCACUUCCAUUUACGCAACGUGCGCUCAUCUCGUGUGCCUGCCACUCGCUAUUUUGAGAACGUAGCGAUACUUUGCAACACCCUGUACAUUACAUUUCAUGACUCGCAUAUUCCAUUUUACGAUCCUUGACCUAGAAAACAUUCGCGCGAAAAGUGAAAGUGCCCUAAGCUUGUAAAUCUUUAUGUAUCUCUGUAUAUUGUGCCUUCAAUUUUCCACAAAAUACAUAACGUUCCCACUGAAGCCUGAAGCGUAUCAUAUUUUUUAGCUCACCUUGUCAACAGAUAACCUUAUCUGAUUCUGAUGUCGCUGCCGUCAACACGAGUUGCUAGUUAGCGCUCAUCGGUUUGAUCACACGGUACAAUUUUAUAUUUUUUACAUUUUCUCGAUUUUUUUAAUUUUCCGGCUCAAAAAUGAUGUCGAUGCGGUAUCAACUGACGUAUACUGCUAGUGUCUUAACAUCUUCAGUUUUAACGAUUUUUGUACUUUAUUACAUGCUAACGGGCAAAGGAGAGCAAAUCAGCAUAGCAUGGUUUCUAAACAAUGUAUCGCCCUAUAUGUGGGCAUCUAUUGGAAUCGGUCUGGCAGUUGCCCUCUCUGUAGUUGGAGCAGCCAUAGGAAUACAUACGACUGGGGUGACAAUUGUAGGAGCAGGAGUAAAAGCCCCUAGGAUAAAAACAAAAAACUUGAUAUCUAUCAUUUUCUGUGAAGCCGUUGCCAUUUAUGGACUGAUUAUGGCUAUCGUCUUGUCUAGCAGCUUCAAACAAUUCAAAGACGAAGAAUACAACAACAACCAUGAGGUAUACCAAAAGAACCAAAUGGGCUCCCAUAUAAUAUUCGGCUCUGGCAUUACAGUGGGUUUCGUUAACCUUAUGUGUGGGAUCUGUGUUGGUAUUGUGGGAUCAGGAGCUGCCUUGGCUGACGCUGCAAGUGCCCAGUUAUUCGUCAAGAUAUUGAUCGUAGAGAUCUUUGGUAGCGCUAUUGGACUCUUCGGCCUCAUUGUUGGAGUUUAUCUCACAUCCAAAGGAAGUAUGGGAUAAAAUAUAUGAAAAUUGUGUAAAUAUGGUAAUUAAGAAAUUUGUAUUUAGAUUAUGAUGUAGUGAACAGUAUUACUUAAAGCUUAAAGUAUCUAACACUGGAAAAAAUUAUGACAUUUCAAAAUAAAGUAUUGUUGAAUUUUUAUAGAUCUUACAUAAACUGAUGGAUAUCCAAACAAAAAUACUCACAAUACUUACAAAUGCAAGUUCAAUUUUUUUGAAAUGUUCAUUCAUAGUACGAUUACAAAAUCAUGUUCUGUUAUUCUUCAUGCUAAAUAUAGGUAUCAACUUUGUUGAAAAUGACAGUAAUAAAAUUGCUGAAAUCUGUUUUUCUCUUUUAUUAAUCCCCUAAAUUUUUCGAAAACUGAAUAAAACUUGAGGAGCUCCCCUCGUAUUUUGAUGUGAUACGGGUAGCAGAAUCCAAGUCAACUGUCAUUUAUCUUUGGAUCAAUUGGAGGGUUGUAAAUAUCUAUCCUUCUCUAAUGACAUUUAGCUGUCUCUCUUUGGGAGUGACUGUUGUGAAACUUCACGUGACAUUUCCAGUCAGCUUUCAGCAAAUUAAUUCACCCUAUUUUUUUUUUAAAAGAAAAGUACUUAAUAGCUGCUUACCAAAAAAUUGCAGAUAUGACGAUGAAAACUGUAUUAGGUAGUACAUUUUUGGGACUUUCUUCUACCACCAUUCUGAUUCUAACGCUGUACCACGUAUUUACUGGAAAAGGCGAAAGAAUUAGCUUUGGCUGGUUUUUGGAAAACACAUCGCCACACUUAUGGGCAUUACUUGGCAUAGCUCUUUCUGUAGCUCUAUCUGUUGUUGGGGCAGCUGCAGGAAUUCAUACAACAGGUGUUAGCAUUAUUGGAGGAGGUGUUAAAGCUCCUAGGAUCAAGACAAAGAACUUGAUUUCAGUAAUUUUCUGUGAAGCAGUUGCCAUCUAUGGACUCAUUACUGCCAUUGUUCUCUCAGGGUACUUGGAGGAUUUCACCUGGGACUUGGUGGUGAAGAAUCCAGUACUACAUGCUAAGAACUGGUCAGCAGGUUACCUGAUGUUUGGUGCUGGUUUAGGAGUGGGUUUGGUGAACCUUUUCUGUGGCAUCUGUGUUGGAAUAGUUGGGUCUGGAGCAGCAUUGGCAGACGCUGCUAACUCGGCCCUUUUCGUCAAAAUAUUGAUUGUGGAAAUUUUUGGAAGUGCUAUUGGACUCUUUGGGCUAAUUGUCGGCAUUUAUAUUGUCUCCAAAGUGCAGAUGGGAGACAAGGUGCACUAAAGUAUUUGAGUAUGAGUGUUGAAUAGUUAGAAACAUUCUAGAAAGUCCAUGUGUUAUAUCAUUGAUCUGAAAGUUUAGAUAUAUCUGUAUAAGUAUCUGAUUAUCACUUUGAUUUUCUGUCUGCUGCAACCCCAUUUCUUGAUCUAUAAUGAUUUUUAUUUUUAAAUUAAGAAAAUUAAUUGUCUCAAAGAGCCCAAUUUCUUUUGCGCAGACAGAAAAUAAAAAAAUCUUUUAAUGGAUCUGUAUAUACUUUUUUUAAUUUAAGAAAUUGCAUAUAUAUGUUUAAAUGCUAAACAUUGGUUUUACAAAUCUGCAGACAACUAUAAAGCACAUACCAUGUUAGAAUAUAUAUGUAUCAAAAGUGAAUACAUUUUCUACAUAAAAUAAA